AUUUCUGUGACUUUUGAUCAGAUCAAAUUUUAAACGAGUCCAUUUGUUUUGCUCAAGCCUGCCGAGCCACAAUGUCGCUGUGUAGUCAGUGCAAGAUCAUCUCGACGGUGCCGGUCAGCAGCGAUGAGGAGGGGCACGCGGUGUACAUCCACAACAGCGCCACAUUCAAAAAAGCGGUGGGCGACGGCUGCUAUUUCUGCACAAAGGUACAGAAAGAGAUGCCUGAGGAUGUGCAGAAGCUGCUGGACAGGCCCGGCUUUCCAGGUAUAUGCUGCCGUAUCUGUGAGAACCAGCAGAGGUACGGCAUCGACUUUUCUAUCCCUGGAAAGCAGCAGCUUGCCUUCUUCUGGCUGCAGGAAUACACUGGUGAGGUUGUGAUGGAGAGACAGAGAGAGGAUCUCAAGGCUCCUUAUGUACGAAGAAGACUUGACACAACAUCAUUCUAAUUUGAGGCGCAGAUCUUGCAACAUCUGUCUUCUCCGACACAACCGACGACGAGACGUGCUGGAGACGGAUCGAGGGCUGGUACAGGACCUGCAAAGAAACUCACGCAAAGUGCAAACCAUCAAGCACCAGUGCGCCAAAAGGAGGUGAAAAAUGGCUCCCCACCCGGCUACUCGAUACAAAGGAUGCAGACAGCGGCAGCAUACGCAUCGUCACCACGGCCGACUUCCAGCAAGGUCCUUGCGGCCAGCACACACCGCCCUACCUCG